UUCACCUGUAAAAAGAUCAUCGAAUGAAUAAACUUAAAAAAAUCGAAGGCACAAAAAGCGCUAACGACACGGUUAUAACUCCAGCGGAUGCUCGCCUUAACUAGGCGAUCUUGUGUAUGGCAUGGAGUUCGAUCAUGUGCUCAAGAUCGUUGGUGAAUUUGGACCACAUCAACGGCGAUUAUAUGUUCUUCUCUGUCUGUCGAUUGUUCCGGCAGCCAUUCAACUGUUAUUGCUAGUUUUCGUAGCCGCUCAACCGCACUGGAUUUGCUUGAACUCAAGUACGAACGAGACUUGCCCUAAAAAUAAACUUCAAUGUACGGAAAGGCAAUAUACCUCGAAAUACACAUCUAUUAUCACAGAGUGGGACCUUGUUUGUGAGAAUGCCUACAAAGCAGACCUCGUACAAUCACUUCUUAUGUCUGGAACACUGCUUGGGGCUCUAAUGUUUGGAGCCCUUGCUGAUAAAUAUGGUAGACGGAGAGUGUGGCACACAACUCUAACAGGGCUUGUUGUUUUUGGAUUUGCAAGCUCAUUUGCUCCGACAUUCAAGAUUUAUGCUACUUUGCGGUUUUUAACAGGAUUUUGUAUUGGUGGAGAGAUUUUGUCUGCCUUUGUGCUUGCAACAGAACUUGUUGGACCUUCAUAUCGGGGUUUUGCUGGUAUUAUGGCACAGUGCUUUUUCACGCUUGGUUUACUGAUAUUGCCAAUGGUGGCUUAUCUUAUCCAAGACUGGAGGACGCUCUCUGUUGUAUUGUCUCUGCCUGCCUCAGUGUUUAUACUUUUUUUUAGAUAUGUCCCUGAGUCUGCAAGAUGGUUAAUGAUCCGUGGGCGUGUCUCUGAGGCUGAAAAUAUAUUACUGGACAUAGCUCUCAAAAAUGGAAUAGCUGUCCCCAAGAGCCUACUACAAGUCAAUCACCCUUUCUUUGUUGGCUCUAGAUAUGGCUUCUUUGACCUAUUCUGCACUAGGAAGAUAGUCAAACAAACUUUUGUACUGAUUUUUAUCUGGUUUGUCAACACCCUUGUGUACUAUGGGCUGUCACUCAACACCAAGCACUUAGCUGGGGACAUCUACAUGAACUUUUUUCUUUGUAGUCUUAUGGAGUUCCCAGCAUACUUGACAUGCUUAUUUUUUGUCAACUGGGCGGGAAGACGUAAAACACUCUUCAACUACAUGGUACUAGCUGGUCUAGCAUGUAUGGCGUGUAUGUUCGUCCAACCAGAGUCAAGCCCGGCUGAUCGCACUCUUGCGACUGUGUUUGCUAUGAUUGGCAAGUUUGGCAUCACGGCUUCCUUUGCGCUGAUAUACAUCUACUCUGCAGAGAUAUUCCCUACUGUCGUCAGGAACGUUGGCUUGGGUGUGUGCUCGAUGUCUUCACGCAUAGGGGGGAUUUGUGCGCCAUUUGUCGUUUUUCUGGGAACCUACAUGCGUCCUCUUCCCAUGGUCAUAUUUGGAAUGUGUGCAUUCAUGGCUGGUCUCCUGAGCCUUAUGCUGCCAGAGACCCAUAAAAGACCGCUACCUGAGACCAUGGAUGACAGUGCUUAUGACCUUCUUAGAGAAGGGCAUUCCUAUGAGCAUUUGGUAGAAAAAGAAAUGUUCAAAGCAAAUGAUUCAGACUUUGAGUAUGACGAUGAUUUGGUAACAGAGAAAAGCACUUUUAUUUAACUGAUUUUGUUUUUGACACAAUAAUUUCUAGGCGUGGCUCUGGGCUGUUAUUCUGUCGCUGGUGCACCAAUACCCCCCUAUGAGGGGUAGUACUGCAGUAGGCCCAAUAACCGGCCCUUUCUGCGGGCCUUGCAGUAUGUAGGUUUAAAAGACUGCAACAAUCGAUGUCAGCUGGAAAAAGCGCCUAGGGUAGUAAAUGGUCCCAUAAAAUUCGGAAGUGUUUGCAAAGUUAAAGGUUGCUUGAACUUUUUUCUAAAAAAAGACAAAUGACCUAGUUUUUUUAUUUUCUAUUUGCAGUGCUAGCCAAAUGUGUUUAAAAAGAUACUUGCUUCAGAUGAAAAAAAUGCUCAUUCUUGCUAAAAAUAAUGUGCUCGCAUUUUUGCUAAUGUUUGCUAAGAUCAUUUGCGAUGCCUCCUUUUGCUGGGUAACUGAGCAUAUCUACAGUAAGUCCUACACUUCCUUAUACUCUGCUGUUGACAAUAAACUUUUAAUCUAGAAUUAAUUUUAAAAAUUGCAUUGAAAACCAGUAACACUCCAGCAUUGGGAAAGUUCAUCUAUUAUCCAGAGGGGGGGGGGGGGGGGGGGGGAGUAUGAGGAUUUUGAUAAAAGUAAGUAAAAUUAGUAGCCCCCCUCCAGAUAGGAGCUAAAAUUUUGAUGACAGAGAAUGAGCGCUUAUAGCAUUAAAACAUUUUGUUUAUAUUUUAGAUAUCGAAAAUAAGCACUUCAUAAUAUUAUAUAGCUGAAACCAUAAAAAAUGUAUUUUUAAGGUUGUAUACAGGUUUGCAUUGGCAUGGCAAAUAAGUGCCCCUAAACCAAAACAAGUUGAGCCAAGAAGUCUGAUUUGACACUUUGUCAAAUUAUAUAGUAGAGACAACAUCCAAAGGAAUCAGUGCCCCCCUUUAAAAAUCCAAACACUUUUGAUGCCCCCCUUUAGACCUUGAAAAUUUAUCAAGUCCCCCACAGUAUCCUCACGGCCGCCCUCCCUCCUUUGAAUAAUAAAUGAACUUUCCCUAAAUUGUUUAUAAUGUAUUUCAAAGAAAAAAAAUAGUCCGUUCACAGACAAGCAAAUUUCUCAAUAAUUUGGAGAUCUUUGUUGAAGCUUUAUUUAAAUGGGUGAAGGAAUAUUGAUAUGAUUGUAUAAUUUAUCAAUAACAAAAAAUGUGGUAUAGAGGUAUUAUUAUCAUUAUUAAAUAGGCGAAAGUUGUAAAGUUUUAAGAAUAAAAAGGAGUGUGAUAGUG